GGUGGUGAUAGUGGUGGUGGAGUGAUUAUAUUAUUUUAUUUAGAAAUUAUUAGUAGCUUACUAGCUAUGUAGGUAUGUGAAUUGUCACAGCGAAGCAAAACUCAAAGAGAGAGAGAGGGGGUGAAAUUUAUAGUGAUAGGAUAGGUGGGUGCGGGAUGGUGGUUUGGAGAGUUUCAAGAGAGGGAGACAUGCCCAACUUCUUCCCUACAGCUUCCUCUUGAAAUUCUUUGCUUCUUCUUCAACGUCUACUUAUUGACUUGCUUAUCAGAUCCCAAAGCAGGAAUCAUCUAUUGAUUGGAAACUCAUUUCUGAUAUUGAUGGCAGAUAGGACCACUUCAUCCCCAACUCGUCCAUGGUAAAUUUGUCAACCACAGAAGCAACCUCAAGCCAGCAAACACACAUCUAAACAGUUAUCUCAAAGGCGAGCCACCAAGAAUCUUUGAUUGCUUAAGGAUUUUCUUCAAAUUCAGGAUAUAUAUAUAUAGAUAAACUAGAUGGCUUUACGAAUUCAGAACUUGCUGAAGAAAAACUUUGAUGAACCACACUUUACUGUCAGUUGCCCUUCAUGGUGGAAUUCAAAUGAACAGCAAUUUUCACCAUCUUUAUCCAAGAACAUAAACUUUAAAGUAGACUCUUCACCCCAACCUUAUCAUGAAGCAAAGCAGUUAGGACUUAAUCUUCCGGACCAGGAAUCGUCCUCAACUCUGUCAAUUGGUCAAUCUCACAAUGAAAUGAGUGCCAUGGGAGGGACCAAUUCACAAGGUCAAUGUAUUUCGUCUGAAUCUGAUGAAAGUUGUGGGAAGGGUGUGGAGGGCAAAAUGAGGCCGGUUCUCUUGCUGAGUACUCCAGAUGGUGUGUCCAAUCAUUCGCAAGCUGAUUGUGGCUAUUCAAUGGUUCGUACUCCAUAUCCAUGUGCUGAUCCUUACUUUGGUGGGCUGUUUAAUCCAUAUGGACCACAUGCAUUUAUUCAGCCCCAGAUGGGUUCUCAUAUGGUGGGGAUGACUGCUGGACGAGUCCCACUGCCUCUUGAUCUUGCAGAUGAUGGACCCAUUUAUGUUAAUGCUAAACAGUACCAUGGAAUUUUGAGAAGGAGACAAUCCCGGGCAAAACUUGAGGCUCAAAACAAACUUGUGAAAAAUCGAAAGCCAUACCUUCACGAGUCUCGGCACAUUCAUGCCUUAAAUAGGGUUCGAGGAUCUGGUGGACGCUUUCUCAGCACAAAAAAGCUCCAACGAUCUGAUCCCACCUCCUCUCAUGGCCAGUGUAAUGUCCUAGAUACCAUCCACUUGCACCCAAAGAAUGAUGCAUCCGAACUUGAAAGCUGCCAAUCAAGAACUGGUCAAUCCAGUGCCUCAAAUACAACCCGCUCUGACACCACCAGUGUCUCCAACAGUGAUGUCAAUUUCAGGCAGCCAGAUCGCCGAUUCUCAGGUAUUGCUGCUCACCUUGUUGGAGGCGUGCAAAUCAAUGGCGGGCUUAUGAGCAGUGGAAACCAACACCAUGCUUCUGUCGUUCGGUGAAAAUGCGGAAUAAGAAGACCGUGUCACCGGUCCAGGCAAUUCAUCCUUGGCUUUGUCUCUUUACUUGGUACAAAAAGUGCACGAAGGACACUGUUAUGUAUUUGAUUUCUCUGCUGUUUGCUUUCUUUCUAUAUAUACAUCCUCCGUUUGUCAACAUGGUUGAAAAGAGUUUGUCUUUGAAAUCCAUCCUCUGGUUGCACUGAUUGUUAAAUAUGGGAACCAUGCAAGUGUUUGCUCAUCAGAUUAUCAAAUAAAUAUCAGACUUGGGUAUUA